CCCAGGUCAAAGAUUUUGGUAAUAUUCGAUUUAUUUGUAAAUCGCCUGUUCUACAUAAGUGAUAUCUCAAAAGCUUGGUACUCGUUGCAUUGAGGUUCCGUACGCCAUGCAAUGUAUGCACGUAUGGUUUUCGAGAGGGUCGGAGCCCGCAUUUGAUUACAGAGCUCUUCCGUCACUUGCUGUUCUUGUCCCACGAGUGGGGUCCGCCAGUUGUGAUCGGAUCAUUCGACGUGAAAACAGCCUUUGAUUCCAUGGUUCCCGAACUCGCACUGGAUGCACUGGUUGUUCGCGGAGUUCCUGGACACAUCGCGGCUGCCAUUAUUCGAGAGCUCGUCGGACUGACCGCUGUUGCUGUUGUUCCUGAGGUCGCGGAGGCAUCGGGUAUUCCAGUGAAUCAGGGAGGUCGGCAAGGCGGAACGGAGACCCCUACUUGUUGGAAUUUCCUCUUAGAGUACAUUUUGCAAGAAUUGGUGCGCCACUGGAACUCCGCAGGGGUAGGGUUCUCGUUCGACGGAGACCCCAGGAUCAACCACGCAAUUUGGGCAGAUAACGUUUACUUGGUCGAGGAGUCGGCCGCCCAGCUUGAACAGAUAUUUAUCGAUGUUUCAGCUUGUAUUUACAAGUGUGCUUUGCAAUGGAAGAAGAAUGAAUUAUACUUCAUGCCUGGUAGCAAUCUCUUUUACAAUUCCGACCGGCAGGUAAACCUGCCUGACGGCAUCACGUACGAAUUGAAGGUCGCAUCUGAACUUGAAGUGUUGGGUGUGCUAUUGGACAAGCGGGGCAGCACGAAAUGCAGCAUGCACCAGUACAACAUCAGGACCAACUUGCUCAUACAUAUUUUGUUUUCUCGGCAUAAGGUUGCGCCGAUCUACGUGCGAGUUUUGAGAUCCAUGUUCAAAUGGUUGAACACUGUGUGGCAUGUCGCCCUGGACGAUGGCACCCAGCCGUUGAAGUUCUACAUGAACGCGCGCCCAUCCGCGGAGAAGAACAUCGUGCAGCUCAUCGGAGAGCACACGGACAAUCGUAAUACUUCAGGUUGGCGGCACCAGCACGGAGGAACGAGGACUCAUUGGGAGGAUCUAUUGGACAAAGCCGACCCGGAGUGGAAGGUAUGAUUCAUCCAGGAUUCGCGGUGUUGGCAUCAGAGACAGAUUUCGCUUUUCCAGGCAAUCGGGAAUUAUGUGGGUUUGAACUUAAAGCCUUUUAUCUCGCCUCCGGCGUCUAUGCCGACCGCCGCAGGGAACGGGAGGAAACGGAGGACACUGACGGAACACAUCGCCACACAACAUUGGCAUUUUUUUCGAGAUUUGCCUGGAGGGCUUGCGCAAUACAUGGCAACAUACCUCUGUCUAGGACGAGCCCGCACACUACAGAUUGUUACGGAUAGUCAGAUAUUGGCAGAUAUUCUUGCUGGCAGGGCAAAGCAUGAAGAACAUACUCGUGGCCUCGCAGCGGACAUCUCGGCGAACAUGGCGGACGCGCUCCUCGCCGCGAAUUGGGGGCCAAGAGAUGCAACGGGCGAUCCAGUUAUAUGGAGACGGAGGGCUUUUAACAAAGAAGCUGAUUCUUUAGAGAACUGGGUAAUGGACACAGAGGGCGAUUUCUGGUAUUCUAGUGGCAUCACACUUACGGCCGACUCAGGUCUCAGACCACUGGAGUGGAGCGAUGGGGGCUGUCGCAACGAACAAAAUGCAUUUGCACACGCUUGGAUUCUCAAAGGCCAGCGCGCUGAUUCCUACAUUGCAAUCGUCGCGGCGUGUGCCAAGUAUUAUCCAGUGAAGGCCCGGAGCAGUUUAGAAGUCAAUGCUUAGCAAUGCGUUACCAUUGGGAUUCUGCUCGUGAUUAUAUUGCUGGCAGAGUGCCGGCCGGCAUGCAGCCCCAAGAUACCCCACGCAACGCGCAAACGACGCCGAUGUUUGGCAAUCCGCCAUUUUCUCAUGUAGCUGAUUUUCUGUCCUUGGGUAUCACCAGCGAGAUGUAUGGGCUCAAAACCGCUGCGAAAGAAAGAAAGA